CAGUUUCUCCCCGUUCAAUCCAGGUCAGUUUCUCCCCGUUCAAUCCAGUUCAAGCGUCGAUUCCUACUUACCCCUUUUUCCCUAGCCUUCGGAGAGGUCCUAGGUUUUCGGUACGAAAACCUGGAGAAGCGCUCCGCGCUUCGACGUAUUUUAUAUGAUAAUAUAUCGGGUAUUACUACUCGUGACGACGCUAGAAGUUUAUUCGCUCCUGUCAAGACUCAUCCCCCCUUCGUCCGAUAUAAUAUUCAGUAGCCUGUUUCGCCUGUUAACUUUCGUCCAUCGGAUGUCAUACCGGUUUAAAGCGUAAUCACAAUGGAUACCGAAGGCUUCCGACCACCUGGUCGUCCCUCGAUGUGGUUUCGGCUUGUGAAGAGGCAUGGGCUCAGCAACAUCUCUAUCCACAGCGGGCAGUAUUGCCAAUCUGCGUCCCAAAUGGGGCUUGAGCAAUUCCUCCCCCCCCGCGCCCUGCCUACAGAGAAGAAAGCCGACAAGUUAUGGGAUAAUAAGAGAUGGUCUUCACGGAUUGCUGAGUCAAAGAUGGCAGAGGCUAAGCAGAGACUAGAAGGAUAGGUUCGAUUCCUAACAGCGCUACUUGGUAGUCUUCGCUAUUUAGCUCAUCUCCGGGGAGGUUGAGGGACAAUGGAUCGCGUCGGUGGGCUGGCACGGGUAGCAGAUAUGGACCGGAGGCCGCCCACGCACCCCACGGGCACGGGGGCUAAAGGUACUUAGGGGACGAAACCUGCGGGCGGGAACGGGCCAUGCCAUGUGGGGGCGACGUUCCCGCUGCUUGCCACGGCGACCCUUUGGGUAGUGUCUUACUCAUAUGUGCGUGCCUAUGCGUUGUCGUGGGAUGUGUCAUCUAAGCGGGGAGGUAGGCUGGAGGAAUCUUCAGCAGCAUUAUUGUAUAGAGAUUAGAUCCGACGAAUGCAUGCAUCGGAUCUCCGCAUGCGUCAUUAUACGGCCCAUGUAGUUAGGGACCACGGUGACAACUGAAC